CACCCGGUCGCGAGCGUGUGUGCGCGCCCGCCGCUCGCGUGAGGCGGGGGGCAGCGCGCGAGUGGUCGCGAGGUUGCCGGCCGGCCUGCCGCGGGCGGGCUCGCGCGCCCUGCCGGCCGCCGCCACCAUGUCCGCCGCCAUCGAGAAGGAGUUCCAGGAGAUCGACGCUACGAACGACUGGCAGGCGCGUUAUCUGGAAAUCCGACAUAAUUCCAGUGACUACCCUCACAGGGUUGCAAAAUAUCCAGAAAACAGAAAUCGAAACAGAUACAGAGAUGUUAGUCCAUAUGAUCAUAGUCGUGUAAAACUGCAGAACACUGAGAAUGACUAUAUCAAUGCCAGCCUCGUGGUCAUAGAAGAAGCCCAGAGAUACUAUAUUUUAACACAGGGUCCUCUACCUAAUACCUGUUGUCAUUUUUGGCUGAUGGUCUGGCAGCAGCAAACCAAAGCGGUUGUCAUGCUGAACAGAAUUGUCGAAAAAGAAUCGGUGAAGUGUGCACAAUACUGGCCAACAAAAGAAGAAGAAGUUAUGACAUUCAGUGAAACAGGUUUCCGUGUGAGGCUAGUAUCUGAAGACGUCAAAUCCUAUUACACAGUACAUCUACUGCAAUUAGAAAAUAUCAACAGUGGUGAGUCCAGGAUGAUCUCUCAUUUUCAUUAUACCACGUGGCCAGACUUCGGAGUUCCUGAAUCCCCAGCUUCAUUCCUGAACUUCCUGUUUAAAGUGAGAGAGUCUGGUUCACUGAGUCCCGAACACGGGCCUGCAGUAGUGCACUGCAGUGCAGGGAUAGGACGUUCUGGCACAUUUUCCUUAGUAGACACUUGUCUGGUUCUGAUGGAAAAAAAGGACCCAUAUUCUGUAGAUAUUAAGAAGGUAUUACUGGAUAUGAGAAAAUAUCGAAUGGGACUUAUUCAGACUCCUGAUCAACUAAGAUUUUCAUAUAUGGCUGUAAUAGAAGGAGCAAAAUUUAUAAUGGGGGAUUCAACUAUACAGAAACGGUGGAAGGAGCUCUCUAAGGAGGACCAAGCGCCACAUUCCGAGCAGUCUCCUCCACACCCAACUAAAAUAACCACAGAGAAGUACAAUGGGAACAGCAUAGGCCUGGAGAACAAAGAUCAGAUGGAGAAAGUAAACACUGACCUGUCCACUAAAGUUCAAGAUAUCACAGAUGGGAACAUUGAAAGUUCUGUCCGAAAACGACUGCGGGAGGAUAGAAAAGCAAACACAGCACAGAAGCUGCAGCAGAUGAAGCAGAAGCUAAAUGAGACUGAAAGAAAAAGAAAAAGGUGGUUAUAUUGGAAACCUAUUCUCACUAAGAUUGGGUUUGGUACACUGAUUUUAGUUGGUGCUUAUUCUUUCUGGAAAAUGUAUUUUCAAGAACAUUCCUUGUAAGUAAACAGUAAGCGUGACUGCUCCAACAGCUAAUUUUGCUGCAAGUUAAUGACUAGGGGUGUGACUUUAGGCAGUAAAUUCCUUACUCCUGGAAUGGGUACAGACUGUUACAUACAAUAGAGAAGUGAUGUAAACUUGAUCCCAUGUUGACAUCUCAGGACUUUCCACUGCAGGUACUGACAAAAUGAACCGCUGCCCCCCAACAGAGCUGAUGGUUUUUGUUUAUAUGAGCAGGUACAAACUUGCUGCAACUGUUUAUACACUUUUUAAAAUGGUAUUCUACGAGAUCUUAAACAAAGCUGAACCAUGGAGGUUUAGCUACUGAAGGCUGUCUGGAUUUAAAUUUACAUGCCUGACAUAAGCAAUAAACAAUGUUGUAUCAUUUACAUUAUUAAUGCAAAGAAGUUAUCCUUAAAUAUGUGUAAUGUACUAGUGACAUGAACUUAAACAUUUUAUAUUCUUACAACCUAGGAUAAAUAUAUUUUAUAAUUGCAUAUUUAAUCUUUUUGUAGUUCACUGUACUUUUAAAAGCUCAGUUUGUACAAAUUUCUGACCAAAAGAAUUUCAUUUUGAAACUAAAUGUAAUUAUAAUUUGUGCAUGCAAAGAACAGUGCAACCAUUCCCCGUAUUUUGUCUCUUCAGUUUGAAAUGAGCAGCUAGGGGUCUGAUGAAGCACUUGCCAAUUUCUACUCUGUUAAUUUGCAUUCCUUAUUUAUUUUUUGUAGUUUUCACUAUUUAAGUAAGGCAUAGAAAUUUUUUUUAAGACUUUUGACAACUUAGUCCCCUUAGUUAAUGUAUUCAGACUUCAGCUACUGUUUGAAAGCCAACAUUUCAAGUUCUGACAUUCCAUUAAAUGUGAGACAUAAUGCUUCGUGUGUCUAUAGAUUUUAAUUGCUAGAAAGAAUAAAAUUCGUUCAUCAGUGAUAGGUGUAAAAAAGCACAUCAAAGGAAACUAUAGUUGGACUUGCAAGGGUGGCUUUAGUAGGAAAGAAAUGUUGGUAGUGUUCUGCCAUACCCAGUUUGUUUGCCUGUACGAGCCACUUGGGUGGCUUCACAAAGUCUAGAACUGCUUUUCAGUUUCUCCAGCACUGUAUUAGAGACAUGGUGGUAAAACACUUGAUGACUAAUAUUUUGGGAAUACAUGUGCUACAGCCCCUUUAAAAUUAUCGAGCACUCCCUUUCCGUUCCUUGGGUGAUAACACUUCCUAAAUACUAAUUCAGCACAAAUCGCUUUCUGCCCUUUAAAUUAUCUUCCAAUCCAGAUGGUAUGUGGCUGUAUGUAGCUUUUUGUUCCAGUUGAGACCUAAUAAUUUGUAGAAUUGGAUUGUACUUUGAUAUAUGGAUUUUAUUUAUUCAAGCAUUGCCUUGUUGGGUGACUUCAGAGAAGUUAUGUUUUCUCCUUCUGUUUUCUAAGCUUGGUUGCUUUCUGUUGGGUGUGAGGUUUUGGGAGUUUUCUUCCCCCCCCCCUCCCAUUUUGUUAAUUGCUUCCUGGAUUUAUUGCUGAAAAAUACCAAAAGAGCUGGAUGGUUACUUUGUUCCUUAUUCAAAGGAAUUAACUUGAAAGUUUUCCAGAACAUCCAAGCUUUUUAGUAACAUAGGAGGCACAGGGCCCAGUUACUUUGACAUUUACUACACAAAGCUAAGUACAGUUUACUCUUUGAAAUUCUCAUUUCGCAAUAGCUAAUACUGUUUUGGACCACACUGUUUAUAUAGUAAACAAAUGCUAAAGGGUCCAGAUCAGGAAAACAAGUGCAGUUUCAUGCAGUUCUCAAUUCGGGAAAUUGUGCGUCAGCAGAACAAGACAAUUUGUUCCGUGGCAUUGCUGACCAAACGUGCAGCCCUAACAGCAAAAUGACUUGCUGACUGCUUUGACACAGUGUAGGCAGGCAGCUCACAUAUUUCAAGAUGUUUCACCGUUUUUAUAACUUUUAGCCAACAAGACUGUCAGAAGAUUUUUUUUUUGUUCUUUAAAUUGAGAAGACAGGUUUUUCAGUAUCAGCUGUAACUGUUAGUAGGUGUAAAUGUAUGUGCCUUAUAAAGAUAUUUUGGUUAUGGAAAAAUACAUGGAAUGUAAUUAAAUGCUUUUGUAACAGAAAUAUUCCAAAUUUUAUUCUAAAUACUUAAAAGCAGCUAAGGAAAAAGUGCAGGCGAAACCUUCACUGAUACCACACUGUCACUGAUUUCCCUUCUCUUGGCAUGAGAAGGAUUUCCUGGGCCACCAGUAUUCUACAGGCACUGAGCUCUGACUGCAACUUGUCAAGUUGUCACUGGAGUUUUUUCCUGAUUCCAUCUUCCAAAUUCUGGCUUUUCAGUUUUGUUGAUCCUCAGCAAGCAUUCCUCAUUUCAGGGUGGAACAGGGCAGGAGGUGGCCAUCUUGCAUCUCCUCACAUUCUCUUACCUUCUUGAUGCAAUAAAGCAGGACUUGCACAUUCAGCAGUUGUUCUGUAAAAGUUUAGUUGGAUUCUGUGAUUGCAAGUACCUUGGGAGUUUUAACUGUUAAUAGUUUAAGGAGGAUGAACUGAUAAAAGUCCUGGAUAAAACUACUUUGAACAGUGAAUUGUUCAUGGCAGUGUGAAAAUAGGAAAGACAAGCAAACAACAGGUCUCUUAGUACAUUCCAGGAAAUAAUUUGGAUAAAAGUCUUCCUCCUAGUCCAGCACUAAUCCUUAAAAUCCAAAAUCUGGAAGACACUUGUUCUUGCUGCACACUAAGCCCUUGUGAUACUUUGUUAUUCUGUGGGAUUUAAAUUUGCAGCAGUUUUGCACAACUUGGAUGUUAAAUAGGAACAACUAUUGGUCAAAAUGAAGAACUGUUGAUCCCAGGCACCCCUGUAAUAGGAAAUGAUUAAAGGGUGAAAUUAAAGGAUGUGCCUUCUGACCCCUCUCCUACCUCUCUCCACCCUGGUUUCUGGCAAGCUGCUGGCUGGUCCUGUGCUACUUCUAAAACAUUGUUGGGCUUGGUUCGAAGGGUUACUGUGUUUGGUUUUCCCCUGUAUUCUGGAAAUGCAUCAGUCAUAAUAUUUGAUGCAUAGUGGGCAUCUCUUGAAUUUGAUAAAACAGUUUGACUCUCAGAUGAACACUCAUGUACAAAUUAUGCACGUUUUCAUAAAAAAAAUACCUAGCAAACAUCUGGAUCUCCAUUGCAAGGAGUUUGCAGAGUUGGAAUUAGUUCUUUAGGUUUCCUGUUUAUGUUCUUGGUGCAGGGACAGUCCACUUAGAGUGACGGUACAUCUGUAUUUUCCUUGAAAUGUAUUAAGUAAAAUAAUUUAAUUCAGUGUGAAAUAGCAAUUUAAAAAAACCUAUGGAUUUAUUUUAUGGAAGUGAGAUGUUGCAAGUGAAACUUAGCUUAUUCUGUUAAACCUCGAGUAAAAUGGUUUACUGACAUCAGUUUAUAUCCCUCUGAAAAGGGAAGAGGCAUAAAUGUGUAUGCAUGUAUGUGUGACUGGAUCAUGCAGGCAAUUAAAAAGCCUGGCUAGCUUUAUGUUUAAUGAAUGUAAACCAAAUUAUUUAGUUUGCUGUUUGGCAUUAUAGUAAAACCUGAGACACUUGAGGACUGCACGAGAAAGUAUAUUAACGGUGGCAAAAGAGGAAGUCUUCUGCAUUGGCCGGGUGGCUUAAACCAGAGGACGGUAUUUGCAAAGUUGACGUAACACACAGUAGUCUUCCUGGGCUUUUUUUGUUUGCCCCUGAAGUUUUAAGUCAGUCUUUCAUUUUUAUGUACGAAAAAUAAAUGUGUUCAAAAUUGCAUCUCUGUCUGAGUCUUUAUUUAAAUUGGAAGGAUAAGUACUUGGAAGCCCUUUUUCAGUGUGUCAUAGCUGAUCGAGGAAAGCUGCUUUACGAAUCAGUGUAGCGCUCGCAGAACUCAGACGUGUGUUGCUUGUAGUAGCUUGGGGGUGUGGUGCUGUGAACACCAAGGUGUCUUUGUGUUCCUCGCAGUAGAUACUUACCUUGCCUAAGAGCGGACUGUCCAGUGCUGGGAUGUCCUCCUCUCUGCAGGAAACCUUUGCCUGUAAACAGUUAUUUCCGUGCUGCUGUGCCAGGGCUGGCCUACAAAGCCGUGAGAGGUGGUGUGUUUUGAGAUGCAGCCUGCCAUAAUCCCACUGAGGCCCAAGGAGACUCCUACAGUGCUUGGGGUUAAAUGUGUCAGGAAGGGGUUUGCUGGACUGAGACCUGUACUUGAAAAUCUCCAGCAAGGAUGUGCCGUAUACUGUCACAUGGAAAUACCUUCUGGAAAAGCAGCAGCUUUGCAAGAGUACUUGCUCUGAGGCAGUAGUUGCUCCAGGGAAUGCACAUGAGAAGCUGUUUGGUAUUGACAGCAGGCUGCAAACCUGCUGCUGGUUCUUAACAGUUCUUUUUUUUUGUUGUUAUUGUUUUUUUCCCCCCCUACUCUGUACUGAAUCGGUGACUUUCUUUUGGUUGUAUGUCGCAGGCCGAGACUGACUGACACCUAAGCCUUCGAGACUUGUGAAUAUUCUGCAGCUAUAAACUGCAAAUUAUUGACAUGCAAAGCGAGACAUGAGCCCCCUCUUCGGGAACAAAAAGUGAGGUCUGUUAAGUACCAAGAAGACCUCAGUUAUCUGUUUACAGCGUAAACUGCACCGAGGGGAUGAAGACCACCAGCAGCGAGUGCUACUUUGCAAAACGAAAUAAUUUGCCAUCUUGUGUUUUUUAUAAUGCCUGUAUUAAUGUAGAAAGAUGUAAAAGAAAUAAAUUAGGAAAUAUUUUGUUUUGUACUGCCA